AUGGCUUUAUUCCUUUAGCAGCGUUAAGCCCGUAAAUAAGAAGUAAUCGAUUCCUACUAUGAAGCUCUCAUUGAGACUGAGAAGUACCGUGAGAAGGAAAAAUAGGCAGCAAUAGACAUUUAAAAGAACUGGAGAAUGUUGAAAGUUAAGUGGCAUUAUCAAACUAUUUUAAAAAGUUGCCGACUCAUUCAGCGAGUAUUUCAAGGCUACUCUAAAGGUAGAAAGGUAUUCUUUAGAAAGCAAGAGUCUGAUAAGAGAUAAAAGCAACUCGCAUUCUUUCAUGAAAUGGCUAAAAUCGUGCAGAAAUAUUAUCGAGGAUACUAUAGCAGAAAGUAUGAGCAUGACUUCUACGCUCGUAAAAAUUACCUCAAUCAUGUGCAAGAAAAGAAUGAAGAAGUAAGAAAGAAGCUCGAGGACUAUUAGAAGACGCUUUCUCUUGAAGAGCAAAAGCGUCAAGAAGCUACUGCUAGAACUGAAUUUGCCGAAUUAGCAGGAAACCUCCAUCACUUGUGCUCUACCAAAGCGAUACCAGGUGUAUAUAACGCCCCAUACGCAAUGGUAAAACCAUAGGCCUUCAAUGUUGAAAUCGAGACGCAUCUAAGGAGCACAUUCAAAGCCAACUAUCAAUGGAAACCCCCUAACAAGGAAAAGAUAGAGUUCUUCAGAACACUCUCUCAGGAGCAGCAAAAAAUUAUGCAACAGCAAAAAAUUACGACUAGAUGA